UGAGCAAGAGCAGAAAGAACAUUGUGUCAGCGCAGCUGCAGCUCCGGUAGAGGGAGGAAUAAUUUGGGAUACGCGUUUGAUUUUGUUCUGUCAUUCAUCUUUCAGGAAUACUUUUAUUUUCCACCGUGAAGAUAUGAGACGAGUUGUACGGCAGAGCAAAUUUCGUCACGUCUUUGGCCAGGCGGUGAAGAAUGACCAAUGCUACGAUGACAUUCGAGUUUCAAGGGUCACAUGGGACAGCGCCUUCUGUGCCGUCAACCCCAAGUUUGUUGCCAUAAUUAUUGAGGCCAGUGGUGGAGGAGCUUUCCUCGUUCUCCCUCUUCAGAAGACAGGACGCAUUGACAAGUCCUACCCAACAGUAUGUGGUCACACAGGCCCUGUGUUAGACAUUGACUGGUGCCCCCACAAUGACCAGGUCAUUGCCAGCGGAUCCGAGGACUGCACAGUGAUGGUAUGGCAGAUUCCCGAGAAUGGCCUCGUCACUUCCAUGUCUGAGCCCGUGGUGGUUCUGGAAGGCCACUCGAAGCGUGUGGGCAUCAUCACAUGGCAUCCAACUGCACGUAACAUCCUCCUUAGUGCAGGUUGUGACAACCAGAUUAUCAUCUGGAACGUGGGCACGGGCGAGGCUAUGAUCAAUCUAGAAGACAUGCACCCUGAUGUCAUUUACAACGUCAGCUGGAACCGCAAUGGCAGCCUUAUCUGCACCUCCUGCAAGGACAAGUCCAUCCGUGUCAUCGACCCCCGCAAGGAGGCGAUUGUUGCUGAGAAGGAGAAGGCACAUGAGGGAGCUCGACCCAUGAGAGCCAUUUUCCUUUCUGAUGGCAACGUCCUCACCACUGGUUUCAGUCGUAUGAGUGAGAGACAGCUGGCUCUCUGGGACGUGCAAAACAUGGAGGAGCCCAUGACUGUUAAUGAGAUGGACACCAGCAAUGGAGUUCUUCUGCCCUUCUACGAUCCAGACACCAACAUGGUUUACCUCUGUGGAAAGGGAGACAGCAGCAUCCGUUACUUUGAAAUCACGGAGGAAGCUCCAUAUGUUCACUUUCUCAACACCUUUGUCACCAAGGAGCCUCAAAGGGGCAUGGGCUACAUGGCCAAGAGGGGCCUCGAUGUGAACAAGUGUGAAAUUGCAAGGUUCUAUAAACUGCAUGAAAGAAAGUGUGAGCCCAUUGUGAUGACUGUACCUCGAAAGUCGGACCUGUUCCAGGAUGACUUGUACCCAGACACAGCUGGGCCAGACCCUUCCCUGGAGGCUGAGGAAUGGUUUGAGGGCAAGAACGGAGACCCCAUCCUGAUCUCCCUGAAGAACGGCUACGUCCCGGGCAAGAACCGGGAGUUUAAGGUGGUCAAGAAGAACAUUCUGGACAGCAAGGUCACCAAGAAGACGGAUCAUUCGAGCCCUGCCAACAAGUCUGCCUCCCCAACUCCAACAAUUAAAUCUGAAGCAAAGAUGGAGGAGAUCUUGAAAGAAAUCAGAUCCCUCAAGGACCUGAUCAGCAGUCAGGAGAAGCGAAUCAUCAAACUUGAAGAGCAAAUGUCCAAAGUUGCCCUUUAAGUACCCCGUGCCCCGGCCCGCCACAGUUCAGGACUUUCCAUUGGCUGGGGAUUGGGCGGGAACAGUCACUGCCUAUCUCAAUGACAGUGUUUGGACUGAGUCCUGCCAAGCAACAACCCCCAGCAACAUUCCAGAUAAACUUUUUUUCUUAGCCAACCCACCCCCCACCCCCACCCUCUGUUAACACAGGUGGAAUAAGAAGGAUGUGGUAAAUUUAGCAGAAAGUGCUUUUGUGUUUUGGUGUCAAAGGACUCGAUUCCUUUUAUUCUGCAGCAGUCUUAUUUUCACCUAGUCGGAUGAAAAGGUCUUCAUUCUUAUGUUAGAAUGACCCAAAAUAAUAAUAAUCAAGCAUCCACAACCAUUCCCAUUUUCUUUAGAUGUCAUUUUUUAAGCAGGUUGUUAAUGUUUUAUGUCGUGUCCCAAAAUGAAACUGUUGCCAAAUCUCAAAUUUUGUUUACCUCUCUUUAACAGUAUUUUGUUUUCUGUCACUCCACAGCUGCUCAAAAUGCAAAAACAGGAAAACUUGACGUUGUUGACUGUUUAUGUAAAGGGGAUUAUGUUAGCACUUAAACGCUAUGAGAUACAAAUUAGCUAGCUAAAGUUUGCUUAAAAUAAAUAUUGAAUAUGAAUAUUUAAACUUCACUAAAAACAAAAACAUUCCAGUUUGCCACAGUCAACAUCAAACAUUUAAACAUGCCCUAAAUGACCACCAUCUGUAUUGAAGCUGAACAAACAGCUUUCUGUCAUUUUUGUUUAUUUUUUGUCAUGUUUUGACUCUUGACACCUCAGUUAAUGUAAGCAUUCAUAAUACUCCUCCUUUCUUCUUACACCUG